CACAGUUUAGGACAACCAGCAUUGAUAUCGGGGAAAUUCGGCGACCGUUCCCAGUUAUUCGUGCACUCGUUGGCGUGUCUCUGGUGCUGGUCGUGAUUCUGAUUGUGGUGUUUUUUCAUAUAGGCGCUUGUCACAAGUUGGCAUGUUGUUUAGCGGUCCUGGCGCUUCUUCUUCGAAAAACGAUUCAACUGCAACAAGUGGAGUAGCAGGUAGAAGUGGAGCACCCGAACUGCCAAGUACUGAAGCAUCAGCUGAACCUGUACCCAUUGCAACGGAGAAAACUGGUGGCGUGGCUGUUGUGCAGGAGAAACAGCAAAAAGCUGGACGCGAUGCGAUGGCUGCCGUGAGUGACGCCCCAUCCUCGAGCAACAACAUGGUUCAUCAGGUUAGCGGUGGUCAAGUAGGAGGAGCUGAAAUUAGAAGCGUGGCUGUUAGUCCUGCUCCUGCAACUGCAAGUGCAAGUAGUCCCUGAUUGUAGUUUGUUGUGAAUACUCGAGAAACUUAGA